ACGAUAAGAUAAAUCCAUUCUCUUUUGAUCUCGAUUUCAGUUGAGGGGUAAACUUGAUUGAUAUUUUCCCUUUCCCCAAAAUAUUGAUAUAAUAAAAGAUCAUGUCGUUUUACUAAUAUAAUCUGAUAACGUAAAUGUUUAAAAGCAUUCCAUUGCAUAUAAAUGAGAUGAAAUUUCAAAACCACUUGGUUAAAUUAAAAAAUCUAAGAUUAUCUGAAAUUUAUUCUCCCCCUUCUUGAUAUUAGAACAGUCCUUAUCGGAUUGCAUAAUAUUUUAUUACAUCACCGGUGAGAUCUCCAUCCCUGUUCCUUCUCCUUUGGAUACCAAGUUCCACCAAAGAAACCGUGGCAUCUGCAUUUCCUCAAAGACUUAGUAGGGAUAACAUUCAUGGUGAUCUCUAGCUCAAGAAGCCUUGUCUCUCUUCUACGAGCCAACAAAGCAUUCCCUCUCUGCACCUCAAAGGUUCUAGGAUCUCUUCAUCGCUUGCAGUGCACAUCAUCCGACGACACCAUGUCCGUGGAUCGUAAUGGCAUCGACGUCGGAGCUAUGAGGAAAUCCUACAAGGCUGGACACCAAGCAUUUGUUAAAGAUGAUCUGAGCUCUCGGGAUCCGAUGACUCAGUUUACAAAGUGGUUCAAGGAGGCGUGUGAAGCAACCGAAAAUUCCAAGACAGAAGCAAAUGCCAUGACAAUUGCUACAGCUACCAAAGAUGGUCGGCCAUCAGCGAGAAUGGUACUAUUGAAGGGAUAUGAUAAAACAGGAUUCAGAUUUUUCACCAACUAUGAAAGCAGAAAAGGCAAAGAAUUGGCUGAGAAUCCCUUUGCAGCUUUGGUGUUCUACUGGGAUUUUCAAAGUAGAUCAAUUCGUAUUGAAGGGCCUGUUGUGAAGCUGACCGCCGAAGAAUCAACCGAGUACUUCCAUUCCCGUCCGAAGACCAGUCAGAUCGGUGCUGUUGUCAGCAAUCAGAGUAGACCCAUAGAAGAUAGAAAUAUCCUGACUAACAAAGAUGCUGAGCUGAAAGAGCAAUAUAAAGACGAGUCUACUGUUAUUCCUAGGCCCGACUAUUGGGGUGGUUUCAAAGUGAUUCCUGAGAUGAUUGAAUUCUGGCAGGGACAGAGCAAUCGACUUCACGACAGGAUCGUGUUCCGUAAGCCAAGAAAGGGAGAAAUCGUAGACGGAAAGCUGGUUCACCAGGGAGAGAAUGGCUGGGUCUAUGAGCGACUUUCACCAUGAAUACCUCCAAUUAAAAUGUCAUGUUGAACAUGUGCUUCUCUCAAAUCACUGACAGGGAAGUGUAUCAGCUUCAUGGGUGGUUUCAAUAUGUUGUUGAUUUGUCGAAUACUGGUGUUAUAGAGGUGUCUGUGUUGGUGCCAAAUAAACACUGGCCAAAACACCUGAAUUACAGUAAGCCCGGUGUGAGGAUUAAAGUAAAUCAGUAAUGUUUUCAAAUUUAAAGUCAGUUUAGGUGUUCAACUCAGCACCCCUAUUCAUGCUUUCAACACUAAUCACAACCCCCAACAGCUUACUGACAAUAAAGCAUUGGGAGAUUUCAAAUGAGGUGUUGAAUUCUGAUUUUAGUGUUGGGCAAAAUAAACACCAGUCCCAACACCAAACCUGAUGCGAGGCUCAUGCUGAGAUUAACACUAUCAAAUGUUGAGCUCUCUGUAUUGUGGCUUGUUUAUAUUUUAUGCCCAAAAGUCAUUUUUGGGGCUCAUUUAAGGCUUCUUCACGCUCUUGGCUCUAAAACUUUCUCCCAACACCAUACUUGAAAUCACCCAUUAGAUUGGAAGGCACAGACUUGCUCUUUCAUAUAUCCACUGCCACAACAGGGUUCUCAAUUCCAAAUACCUUUCAUUUGUGUUGUGAAACAAGUAGGCUUCAAUGGAGCGAGUGCCAUGGGCAUACUGUGUUGUGGGUAUGUGCACUAAACAAUAAUUCAAUAUUGUUAUCAUUGUUAGAUUUAAAAAAGAAAUCAAAUGAAUCAAGAUGGAAGAAAUGUGAUGACAACAAUUGUAGAGUUGAAUAGUCUCUGUAUGGUGUAUACUAGUAUCUAUUUCUUUGAUCUUGUUGUUAUGGACAUAAUUCAUCUUGCCGUAUAAUUACAUUUUCCAACAGAGGUAUGAACACCAAGAUUGUGUAACCAUAGAUUGAUCAAAGAGUUGAAAUAAAAAUCUCAAUUUAAUGGCAAUUGUCAUUAAAAAAAAAAAGCAAAAUAGACAUGAUAGCAGACCAGACCUUGUUUAAAGGGUUUGAAGUUCUUGAAUUUGUACUAAUUGGAGUUUGUUUAGUUUAUGUACUCUAGAUUGGAUAUAUUUGUGUUUCAUAAAAUGAUUACUGUAUGCAUAGUACUGAGUAGUGAUUAUUUUGAUCUAUCACAUGAGCAAUGAUAUUUCUCUGAAAGAGAGAAAAAAAAUCGUUAUUAAAGGAUGCAAAUUGUAAGUAUGAUAUAUUCUUAUAUGUUUCACAAUUUUUGAUCGAUUUUCAGGGAAUAAUUUUGCUGUACAAAUAUGAAUAGCAUAUUUGGUCAUAAGAGAAAAGCUCUCAACUAAGCAAUGUACAGUCCUAUGUAAAAAUAUGCUAUACAAAAGACUUUAUGCAUAGCAGUCUUUCAAAAAUGUGGAGCAAAUUACGCUGCGAUACCAGGAAAAUUAUUCCCUGAUUUUCACUUUGUUGAAACACAGCCUUUGUCAAAAUAGGUCACUCUAGCAAACGGACAAAUGAAUGAAAGUGAUAAAUGAGUAAGGUAAAGUAAUCAAAUUUUGUUUUUUUACCAACAAGGUGAGUUAUAUGCAACACUUGUCUAUCACUAAAUGGAAAUGUCCUAUUAAUACCCUAUAAUUAUUGGAGAGGAUAUUCAUAAUGUGAAGACCAUGCUCAGGGAUGUCAAGAUAUUUUUCAUUAAGACAGGGGUGGGGGAUUACCUGACCCACUCCUAUAGGAUGCUGUACAAAAUUCAAGGUGGGGGGGAGGGGGUGACAUAAAACUAUAGUUUGACAAUUAUUGUGUUGAUAAUUGGUCAAAACUACUUGAUGCUUUUAGUGUGGUUGUGUGAUCAGUGAGAAGUUGACGUAGAGCUUUCAUGAUUGCAAUUUGUAAGUUUGUUAGGGCAUGGCAAUGCAUCAUCAGCUAUUCUUUAUUUUCUCUUUAAAAGUGAUUUUUCUCACUUUAAAAGUGUGUGUAAUUUUUCAUUAUUUGUAUUGCUUAUUUCUCCUUUAUCUUUAUAUAAGUCACAUAUGUUCUACCAUUCCAUAAUAUGGAACUAAAAUGCAUAAUCAAGUUGUUUGUUAAUUACAUAUAAUGAUAAUAAUAAUUGGACUUAUAUAGCCCUUUAUUCAGAGCAUACAAAGCUAUUGUGUUUUAUAGCCUAUCAGACAUAGUAAAUGUCUUUGUUGAACUACAAUUUCAUAUACAUUAUGUAUUAUAAAUUGUUCUCUAUUGUAUUUCCAUCAUUGUAUUGUUUUACCAGUAUCAGUUUUGGUAGUCUUGGGACAUGUUAUGGGACAGUGAUUGUAAAUCUCGUUUCUUUUCUUGGACUCGGACGUUGAUGUUCUAGUUUCUAUGUCUGUCUCAAAGGGAAGAAAUGGCUCUGUAGUUGAGAGAGCACCAAGACACUGAAAAGAAGAACUCAAUUAUGAUGAGCUAAUCUCAAUGCCUUCAUUUAGUUCAUUCUGUCAGUUUUGGGGUGUCAUAAAUGUGUCUUCAGUCCAGGGAAAAAAAUCACAUGGAAGCUCGGGGAAAUUUUGCCCCCGAAAUGUUCAAAAGAGCCCUCAAAAAAAAAAAAAAAAAAAAAAAAAACCUAUGCACUGCAUUGUUGUACCUCAUCCAAUGUUGCAUAUUUAGGUAAAAGAAAGUAGAAAGGAGCGCCAGAAAAUAUAAGAGUUAGAUUUUGCCUGCUCUAGCCUCAUCUUAGUCUUGGCCGGACACAAGUCUGUCUUGUCUGGGUGUCUCUUGCUCGCCUAUGUCGGCAUCUGACCCAACAAUGACCCGUAUUAGAUGAAGUGUGCUUUCAAAAUUCUUUGCUAUCAUAUUCUUUCGAUAAAUGUAAUACCCGUUUUUGGUUCUUCCCUUUUUAGGAUAAAUUCUCUCAUACAUUUAUGUCUUGCAAUACAUCUGCCAGCCUCUCAGAUAUUUAUGUGAUCAGCCGCACCUGACGUGUUUUUUUUUUUCAUAUUACUUGUUUACGCUAUAUUGACCAUUUAUCUUGAACUGUUGUGUGUGAUGAAGUAAUUCUUCUAUUUUAAAAUUCUUCAUAUUUGUGUCUAUACUUGUUCUCGUUAAUAUAUAUUAUGAUAAGUGUUUAUACUUUGUCUAUUGUUGAUCUGUGAUGUGAAGACAAUUCCAAUCAUAUCACUGGUUAAGGCAAAUUAAUAGAGAGAAAAAAGGGAACAAAACAUUAAUAAGAGAAAAGUAACAGCAUUUGUAGCAAAACGUUUUAUCAUACAGGAAUGUUUUACAAUUGUAUGCGAAUGAGUGAGGAAAUGAUGGAAUUGGGACCCUUCUUACAUUUGUAUUAUAUUACAUGAAAUUAAUUCAUUCUUUGUGUAGUAAAGAUGGGUGUUGACAAUCUCAUACUUAUGAAAAAAUGAAUUACCUGUAGAAUCAAGAUCUUCCACAUUCCAUUCAGAGUCAAUUCAUACAUUUUUAGAAAAAAUUGUAAUGUAAUUUCAAAUUAUAAAAUAUAGAAGUCUUCCGUGGGCUUAUGGCAUCGAUCAUCAGGUUAUUCCCAUAUAGCCAUGUUCACCAUUUAUGUAGACAGAAUGAUCAUUAUGAUUCAAAUACAUUAUGUGAUGGGUUUUUCCUUUGCAAAUAAGAAACAAGACAUAGGUUUUGCUUUUUCUUGUGCAUUGAUAAUUGCAUCCAAGUGUAGAUCUCGUUGACAUUCAUAUUUUGUCAUGAUUUCACAAGUAUUUCAUCAAACACAUUCAUUUUCAUAUUUUUUGAAGCUCAUGUAAGAACUUUUUUCAUUGUUUCAGGUAUGUGACAAAGUACUAGUAUAUCAACAUCCGUUCAGUGUGGAAUUGGCCUUUCCAUUCUCAAAUGUUGUAAUAAUUCUAUUCAAAAGAAUUUAUGAGAACUUUGAUCAAUGCAACUUGCAUGUACCACUCUUGAUAUUUUGUCUCAUCAGCUCCCAUGGUAGCUAAAAGUGUUCAACACUCUAAAAUAAUUCAGUAUUGGUAUUAGGUGAGUGUGAAAUUAGAAACCAAAAAUGUAUAUAAACAAAUGUUUACUUAUAACCUUGAAGUAAUAUAUCCUUGUUAUACGUAUGGUAUUUUCGACACUGAAGGUCAUUUCAAAUUCAGUGUCCAGCUUUCUGGUGUUGGUGUUUGGCCAAUUUGUACACCGGAUUAAACACCAUACUUCAAUGAAGGUGGUGCUGAUGUCAAGUUGUCAAGCUAUCAGCAUUGUGAUUUAGUGUUAUGUUUGUCAACCCACAUCUGAUGUUACUGAGUGCUACGCUAGGUUCAGUGAUUCACUCUCUUUAUGUCAUUUUGUUAAUGGGGACAAAUUGGGAAACAAAUGAACAAACAAGACAGCUGUUAAAAGAUAUUGUAGAUUCAGACAAAUCUUUUUGAAUAAAUAUUGAUCCAUUUGGGUAGCAAAAAUGAA